CCAGAUCGGUUUAUUUCUUUGUGUUUGGCAUUUGUUUGAAUCGAGGAAGUCGAGUAAUUUUCAAAAAAUGGACGACAAAGAAUUUCGUGUGUUGAUUAAACAUUACUUUAUGAAAAGCAAAACGCCUCAGGAGACUAAAGAGAAGCUUGAUAAACAUUAUGGUGACUCUGCACCUUUGAUUAGAACAGUUUAUAAGUGGUUUCAAAAUUUUCGGAGUGGCCAUAUGGGCCCAAGUGACGCUGAACGUUCUGGACGCCCUGUUGAGGUUACUACUCCAGAAAUUAUUGAUAAAAUCCAUGAUAUGGUGAUGGAUGACAGAAGAGUGAAGGUGCGUGAGAUUGCUAGUGCCGUGGGCAUCUCGAAUGAACGGGUACAUAAUAUUUUGCAUCAACAUUUGGACAUGACAAAGCUAUCUGUAAGAUGGGUGCCGCGAUUGUUCACGCUUGACCAAAAACGCAAUCGUGUGAAGUGUUGCAAGGACGGUUUGCAGCUGUUCCAGAAGAAUCCGCAGGACUUUAAGCGUCAUUUCGUCACUGUGGAUGAAACAUGGAUACAUAACUACAUUCCUGAGAUCAAAGAACAAUCUAAACAAUGGGUUACCAAGGGAAAAUCUGCGCCAAAAAAGGUGAAGACCGUUCCUUCGGCCGAAAAGAUUAUGGCGACUGUCUUUUGGGAUUCGCAAGGAAUAAUCCUCAUCGACUAUCUGGAAAAGGGUAAAACUAUUACAGGUGCAUAUUAUUCAUCGUUAUUGGACCGUUUGAAAACCGAGCUGCAAGUAAAACGCCCACGAUUGGCCCACAAAAAAGUCCUUUUCCAUCACGACAAUGCACCAGCUCACGCCUCAGCAGUUGUGGUCGCAAAAUUAAUGGAAAUAGGGUCCCAACUCGUUGCACAUCCCCCCUAUUCUCCAGACUUGACUCCCUCGGACUAUUAUUUGUUCCCCAAUUUGAAGAAAUGGCUGGCGGGAAAAAGAUUUUAUUCAAACGAGGAGGUGAUUGCAGAAACGAAUGGCUAUUUUUCUUCCUCGAUUCAAACAAAUGCCAAACACAAAGAAAUAGAUCGAUCUGGCUGAAACUUGGUGUGUGUUCUUCCAAGAGAUGCUACUAACUAAACAUAACCUCGAUACGCGCCAGUAGUGCUAUCUCUCUGACUUUGCACGGACUUUUCAAACGAUCCUCGUAUGUUCGUAUCAUCCUUGGACCCGACGAAUAUCAUUCCGAGCUACUCUGCUCCAAGUCGCGUGUGGCCCCGCUCAGGGCUGUAUCAUUACCGCGGCUUGAACUGACAGCCGCAGUUUUACUAUCUCAGUUGAUAGUUAAGGUAAAGGACUCGCUGGAAACGCCAAUCCAAACAUUUCUAUGGUCGGAUUCCACGAGUGCAUUAAACUGGAUAUCAUCGCCGAUAUAUCAUCUUCCCGAAAUUGGUCCAUAUUCGUGGCAAAUAGAGUUGGCGAAAUUCAACGGCUCACGGACAUCAACGAAUGGCGCCAUGUUUCUUUGCCCGACAAUCCCGCUGACUCUACUCUCUCGUGGCUUGUAUCCACAUGACUUGGUAUCGUCGUUCAGGUGGUGGCACGGGCCCAGCUUUCUGAUAUCUCACGAACAAUCCUGGCCGAAUGAGAGUUUUGCCCAUUCAAAGGACGACCAACCCGAGCAAAAAAAGGUAGUCGCAGUCGUCGUCGAAAUGAAGCAAUGCGCGAUAAUCGAACUGCUACAAAGAUAAUCUAAUUUAAAGGUUUGACGAAUUAUCGCGUAUUGCAGGAGAAUGUCAAAAAUUCAUCGUCCAAUCUCAUCAACCAACGUAAUCUCUGCUGCUGAAAGGUCAUCCACGUUGGAAACCAUAUGCAAGAUUGUGCAACAACAAAUGUUCAAUAGCGAAUACGAAGCUCUAAAAUUGGGCAAGCCUAUCAAUUUGAGCAACCGUUUAUUGUCGUUGGCUUUGUUUAUGGGUCAAGACGGAUUGAUUCGGGUAGGCGGGAGAUUCAAAAACUCCGAUUUGAUAUUUGACGCGUGUCACCCGAUAUUGUUGCCGCGCAAUCACAACCUGACUCAAAAGCUAAUAAGGCAGGAACAUGUGCGAAACAUGCACGCCGGAGUGCAGGCCACAAUGGCCUCGUUGAGACAACGUUUCCGAUGUCCUUGCAAUCCGCCACGCAAAAAAUUAUUCAAGAGUGCAUAAUAUGUUUUAGAUCAAAGCCGCGGUUUUCCGAAGCUAUCAUGGGAUCGUUACCCUCUAGCCGCGUAACACCGUCUAGGCCGUUCGCGCACUGCGGGGUAGAUUACGCGGACCCGAUUACAUUACGUGAAGAAAACAGACGCAACG